AUGACCCGUUCAUUCAUUCUUUCUUCAGCCUUGUUGGCGUUGCGCGCCACGGCUCAACUCACAGCGUCCGUCUAUACUGACGAGAAGACCGGCAUCACUUUCAACGGAUUCUCACAUUCCUCAGGCUACAAGCUUGGUUAUGCGCUACCUACGAACCCCACAACCGACCUUAUCGCACAGCUAGUCGCUCCUAUCACCAAUGAUGGAGGUUGGGCAGGAUUUCCUCUGGGCCAGACCAUGGUUGGCAGUGUUCUUGUCGCUGCAUGGCCUCACGAUGGAGAGAUCGUUUCAUCUUUCCGCAAGGCUACCGGCUACACCAACCCCCCUGUGGUCACUGGAGACUUCUCCAUGACUACUAUUCCUGAUGGAACCUUCGUCAAUGACACCGCUUUCUCCUACACCUUUCUUUGCAAGAACUGCAUUGGCGAUACCGCGGCAGCGGGACUCGUCCUCUCCGACACCACGAAUGUUCUUAGCUGGGCGUACUCAGACACCGCUCUCACCGAUUCCUCAUCCGCUUCUGCUACCCUCAACAUGCACAAUGGAGGCUACGGGUCCUUUGGUAUGACUGUGGCUGACGCUCAGAGCGCUGAUUUCGAGACGUGGGCUGCCAUGGCCACAGGAAGCUCCGGCUCUGGCAACUCCACUGGUAACUCGACCGCCCCUAGCACUGGUGGAGGCUCAUCAAACGCCACCACUCCUACCAACACGACGGCUACCAUUUCGGACUUGACCUACGACUACAUUGUAUGCGGUGCUGGCCCUGCCGGUAUCAUCGCCGCAGAGCGCAUCGCUGAGAGCGGCGCCUCAGUCCUCUUGUUGGAGCGUGGUGGCCCCUCGCUUGCUUUCACUGGAAACAACGACACCCUUUCCUGGAACAGCUCACUCACUAUGUACGAUGUUCCUGGUCUCGACUAUUACCUCAACACGGUCGGCGAGAACAAACUCUGCACUGACACAGCUGAUCAAGCUGGCUGCCUUCUUGGUGGUGGCACCAUGGUCAACGCUAUGAUGUUUGUCAAGCCCCAAUCUCGCGAUUUCGACGACAAGUGGCCCACUGGCUGGAAGUGGAGCGAUGUUUCCGCAUCUGCAGACAAGCUUUACGAGCGCAACCCUGGCCAGAACUACGGCUCUGAGGACGGCGUCCGCUAUAACGACGAGGCCUAUGGUGUGCUGUCCAAGUUCCUCGGAUCAAAUGGAUUCUCGGAGACGGACUUGAUCGACGGUGACAACAACGCACGACAAGACGUGUACGGACGCCCUCCGUGGGAUCUAAAGAACGGUAUGCGCGCUGGCCCCGUCCGCAAUUAUCUUCCGGAAGCCCAGAAGCUCGACAACUUCGAGUUGAUGCUCAACACCAAGGUCGUCCGUGCUGUCCGCAAUGGCACUACCAUCAGCGGUGUCGAGACCGAAAGCGAGGCGGGCGAGCGUGUAAUCUACAACAUCAACGCUGGUGGCAAGGUAAUCCUCUCGUCUGGUGCUAUGUCCACCCCUCGCAUCCUAUUCAACAGUGGAAUUGGCCCAGCAGAGCAAUUGCAGACAGUCGCGUCAGGCUCCAGCGGCGUGACUCUCCCAGCGGAGUCUGAGUGGAUUGAUCUCCCUGUCGGUGCUGAGAUCAAGGACCACGUCAUCUUCACCCUCAAGUUCAAGACUUCGGAGGCUUUGAGCGCUGUUGCGACAACCGACCUCACUUCCCCCAACCUGACCGUCGUUGACCAGUUCGCCAAGGCAUCUGGUGUGCUCGCUCAGUCAGGCCAGCGAUUGAAUUUCUGGACGUCUGUUAACACUACGAGCGGCUCUGAGAUGUUCAUUCAGGGCACCUGCAAUGGUCCCGCCAACAACACCAUCCAGAUCAAGGUCUACCUUACCCACGGUCUCACUUCCGUCGGUAGCUUAGGCAUCACCGCUGACGGCGCUACUGAGCUCACCAAGGAGCCAUGGCUCCAGACCGACGAGGACAAGGAAGCCAUCACCGCUUUCAUGGACCGUCUUCUCGAGAUGACCAACGCACCGAACUCGACUCUUUCCUUCCUUUCCGCAGGCAGCACCACCGCUACCGGCAACGUCACCGGCGCCGAUCUCAUCAAGGAGCACGUCACUGGAUCCCACUGGGUGGGCACUGCUAAGAUGGGUACUAAGGGCGAUGACGGUGUUGUCGUAGACACCAACGCCCAGGUCUACGGCACCGACAACCUCUUCGUUGUUGACGCAUCCAUCCACGCUGAUCUCCCUACCGGAAAUACCCAGGCCACCGUCAUGGUCGUCGCCGAGCACGCUGUGGCUAAGAUUCUCGCGCUGAAGGGUACCUCCACGGCCAACGAGACCGACACUUCAUCAAGCGCACCUGCGUCGGGCACGGCAACCUCCGUUCCUGAAUCUGCCAGCAGCGCCGUAGCCUCAGCACCCGCCUCCAUCCCAUCUUCCAGCGCCGCGACAAACGGCACUACUCCUUCAUCUGGUGCCCCUGACGCCGGAACCCCAGCAUCCAGCACAGCCCCCAUCGGCACCGGCGUUGCCUCAGCGCCAGCAUCAAACCCUACAUCUGCACCCGCUGCCUCCGCACCCGCUGCCACCCCUACAUCUGGAAGCGGUGCAUCCAGCGGCACUGUACAGCUGUAUGGCCAGUGCGGUGGGCAGAGCUACACCGGACCCACGCAAUGUGCGACGGGUACGUGCACAAAGAUGAACGACUGGUACUCGCAGUGCAUCAACGCAUAG